UUACGCCAAAAGUGUACGCCUGUGAGGAAAAAAAGAGUGCCUGUCACGUUAAAGGAGUCAUAUGUGGACAUCAGCUGGACGUGGAAAGGCCAUUUGACUAGAACAGCUCCUGUCGUUGGCAAAAAUGGCUGAUCUUCAAUCACUUUUUCAGUAUGUGGACAAAAACCAGGACCUGUACGUAAAGCGCCUUGCAGAAUGGGUYGCUGUCCAGAGUGUGUCUGCCUGGCCCGAGAAACGUGGAGAAAUCAAAAAGAUGAUGGAGAUGGCAGCCAAAGACAUUGAGCGACUUGGGGGGACGGUGGAGCUGGUGGAUAUUGGCAAGCAAAAGCUCCCUUCAGGAGAAGAGAUCCCCCUCCCUCCCAUCGUUCUAGGACAGUUGGGGUCAGAUCCGAGCAAGAAGACGGUGUGUAUUUACGGUCACCUCGAUGUGCAGCCGGCUCAGAUCGAGGACGGCUGGGACACGGAGCCCUUCACUCUGGUGGAGAAAGAUGGUAAACUCUAUGGAAGAGGAUCCACAGAUGACAAAGGCCCAGUGUUGGCCUGGUUUAAUUGCAUUGAAGCCUAUGAAAAGACCAAGCAG